GAUAGGAUUGCAUCUGGCUGCACAAAAACCCUGUGAAUGAGAAAUAACUACAACAGCGUUGUUGGAGUUUUGGGGAGGGAGAUGAAGGGAGAUGGAGGAUUCACCGCCAGCCGCGCCGCCGGUCCGAUCGCCGUCGUUUUCGCCGUCUUGCUUUUCGCGUCGGUCAUGGUAAUUUACGACUGUGUUUGGUCGUCGACGGCUGCCGGAGGAUUUUUCCGGCUACAAAAUAAACAAGUUUCGGCAUCAAUCAAACCUAGAGAUGAGCUCGAAGCAGCGCUACAACGAGCUUCAAUGCCAAACAAGACAGUAAUCAUUGCAGUACUGAACGAAGCUUAUGCAGAAGAGAACAGCUUGCUCGAUCUCUUUCUUCGAAGUUUUCGUGAAGGAGAGGACACCGAGUUCUUGAUCAAACACCUUCUCCUCGUGGCCGUAGAUAAGAUGGCUUUACGAAGGUGCAGGUUCCUAGGUCUCCAUUGUUACUAUCUCGAGACUGAGCAUAAUGAUUUCUCUGAAGAGAUGGUUUUUAUGUCAAGGGGUUUUGUGGAGAUGAUGUGGAGGAGGACUUACCUUCUCGGAGAAGUUCUUAGGCGUGGAUAUAGCUUCAUCUUCACGGAUAUGGAUGUUCUGUGGCUAAGAAACCCAUUCCCAAAGCUAAGCCACAAUGGCGAAGACAUGCAAAUAAGUUGCGACCAUUACAACGAAAACCCCUUCGAUGAAUCCAACCCCCUCAACACUGGAUUCUACUUUGUAGCAUCAAACAACAAAACCAUAGCUCUCUUCGAAGAAUGGUACAGCAACAGAAAAAAUUCAAAUGGCAGGAAAGAACAAGAUGUGCUCGUUGAAAUGAAAAAUAAUGGCACCUUUAGUCGGUUAAAUAUGACAGUCAGGUUCUUGGAUACUCUUCAGUUCAGUGGGUUUUGUGAAGAUAGCAGGGAUUUUCGAGAGGUGAGGACCGUCCAUGCUAACUGUUGCCGAAUUGUGAAGGCAAAGCUCGCUGAUCUCGCUGCUGCCUUGGAUGUGUGGAAGAGGUCUAAUGGCACGUUGAACGCUACAUGGCCUGCACAUGAAGGUUGCUUUAAGUCAUGGCAGAAAGAUGUCUCCAACCUCGAGCUACGGAAAAACCUAGAGAAGACUGCGAUGCAGAACAAGACCUUGAUUAUCAGUGUGCUGAGCAAAGAAUAUUCAGAGAAUAACGGCAUUCUAGACCUCUUUCUUCAGAGCCUUCAGCACACUACGGAUAUUAAGUCCUUGAUCAGGCACAUCCUCUUUAUGGCAAUCGAUAAAGUAGCCUUCGAUCGAUGCAAGCUACUAAACCUCCAUUGUCAUCGCCUCGUCGUCAAGGGAAUUGAUUUCUUUAAGGAGCAGCAGUUUACAAAUGAGGAACUUGACAAAGUGAUGUGGCAGAGGAUCCGUCUACUUGGAGAUGUUCUCAAGCUUGGAUACAACUUCAUUUAUACGGAUUUGGAUGUAAUGUGGCUGAGAAAUCCAUUCUCAAAGUUGGCUCUCAAUGGAGAAGAUGUGCAGACAAGUUGUGAUACAUACAAUGGCAAGCCGUUUGAUGAAAUCAACCAUAUAAAUGCCGGUUUCUACUAUGUGAUCUCAAAUAACAAAACUACUGCAUUGUUUGAUAAAUGGUACGCUUAUAGAUAUAACUCCAGAGGCAUGAAACAACGAGAUGUUCUAAAUAUGAUGAAGCACAAUGGUGUCUUUAGGCAAUUAAGAAUGAAAGUGAAGUUCUUAGACACCACCUGUUUCAGUGGUUCCUGUGAAGCCAGCAUGGAGUUCAAAGAGGUGAUCACCGUGAAUGCAAAUUGUUGUGGUAGUGAGAAGGCCAAGCUAGCAUAUUUGACCAACAUGCUUGAAAUUUGGAAGAAAAAUAACACAACAGCAACCCGUUGGCCUGAGAUCAAUGGUUGUCAUCAGUUGAGAAGAAUUGGUAGUAACAUUUAACUUUUAAAUUAUUUUGCCCCUUUCUUAUAUUUAUUGUAGAUGCUGAUCACAGAGAAACAAAGGAUAGCUUGGGAAUCCACAAACUGAUGGUCUGUUGUUAGAUUUUCAAUGAAGAUAGUAUACAUGUAAAGGAACCAAUAUAGAAAUGUUUUCUUGACCAGUAGAAAACAGUCUAAAAUGCGCACCUAUAAGCAAUUCAUGCACCCAGAUAAUUUGAAAGGAAAGAGUUUGGUCAUAUUUCCAUCCACAAUCUCUCCAUGGGCAAACAAAGCAUAUCCAAUAAUUGUACAUUGCACUUAAUAAAGUCAGCAGAAUAUGAACGUGUAUGAAAUGCUCACUGGAGAUUCUGAAAGAAUUAUUAAAUUAUUACUAGUACUCUAGUGCAUUCUCUGCGUGCAUUACACAAAAUGUGAGGGGAGAAUUGUCAAUGAACCGGUAAUGAUUUUGAGUAUUUUUGUUGAGUUGUUCUGAAGUUUUCCAAGUUUAAGGGCAUUUCUUUGAAAAAAAAAAUCCCAACAUUCCUUUGAGGGCAUUUUUGUUGAUUUUUUAAGCGUGUGGGCUUUCACAGUUAAUUUUUUUUCAGAUGUAAAGACAUUUUGGGAAUUCUAAAGAUGUGGCUCACAAUGUCUAAAAGAGGGGCUUUUCUUAAUAUAUAGUAUAGAUAAAACCAAAAAAUGAAACUUUGCACUUUCCUGAGUGAAUGCUUCCUUUUUCAAUGUUAGAAAACCUCACUAUCCUCACAUUAGUGCUCAUAUUAUAGUUGGCAUAGGCUGUGUAUUUUUCUAUACCUCGAUCAGAAUGAAAGUUACUGGUAAUUGUUAUUGCAAAGAUAAAAAAAUCAGAAGGUGUUAGAAGGUGUUUGUUCCCUGUUAGUCAACAGAUGCAUGUAUUCAGAUUCAGAAACUAACUUAGCUCCUUUUAUCUUUACUUCAUGAAAGAAAAUAUAAGGCUCAAUCC